ACAUCACCUCUUUCACUCUGACCCCUGGAGCUGCGCCCACCUGCCUGCUCUGCGGGCGCCCAACCCUUUCUCACUUCCUCGGCACCAUGCCCGGUUGAAGGGACAGUGCCUGGUGAGCUGGGAGGGAGAGGGGACGAGGGCGGGACCUCAGCCCUCCCUUAGAGUCACAAUCAAAAGCUUGGGUGAGGACAAACAGACUACAGUGGGUCGAGCCCUUACAAAACUCGCCCCAGUGGGCCAGCAAGGCGAGCUUCACUGCAGAACCUCUCCAAUCUGUGUCCCGUGGGGCAUCUGGAGGCCUGAGAGCCUGUGGAUCUGGUAGGUCACUGAAAACACCGGGACUCAGGACUGUUGCCCAGCAUGCACUCAGAGACUGCUCUAAGGUUCUUGGCGCUCCUGCUGCCUAUUCUGCUGCUGCUCCUGGCUGCCCCGCCUGUGGUUUGCAAGGGCUGUGUCUGCAAAGGCAAAGGGCCAUGCCUCUGCGUGGGGACCAAAGGAGAGAAGGGGGAGAAAGGCUUUCCUGGGCCCCCUGGAUCUCCUGGCCAGAAAGGAUUUCCAGGACCUGAAGGUUUGCCUGGACCACAGGGACCCAAGGGCUUCCCAGGACUUCCAGGACUCACUGGCCCCAAAGGCAUCAGGGGAAUAACUGGAUUACCAGGGUUUGCAGGUCCUCCUGGACUUCCAGGCAUCCCAGGCCACCCUGGGCCUCGUGGGCUGGCUGGUUUACCAGGCUGCAAUGGUUCUAAGGGUGAACAAGGAUUCCCAGGCAUUCCAGGCACACCAGGCUAUGCAGGACCCCCAGGUCCUGACGGCUUGAAAGGACAAAAGGGUGAACCUGCUCGAGGAGAAGACGGGGAAUUCAAUGGAAAAGGUGACCCUGGGCCUCCAGGGGCUCCGGGCUUCCAGGGUUUUCCAGGACCCCCAGGUUUUCCAGGGCCUGCCGGUCCGCCAGGACCUCCGGGAUUUUUUGGUUUGCCAGGAGCAAUGGGACCCAGAGGACCCAAAGGUCGCAUGGGCGAUAACAUGAUAGGACAAAAAGGAGAAAGGGGUGUGAAAGGAUUAACAGGACCUCCUGGGCUGCCAGGAACAGUGAUUUUUACACUCAUCCGCCCAUACAACAAAUCGGACUUCAAGGGAGAGAAAGGAGAUAAAGGAGAGAGCGGUGAACCUGGACCUCCUGGACCAUCGGGGCCACCUGGAGACUCCUAUGGAUCAGAAAAGGGCGCACCUGGAGAGCCUGGUCCUCGGGGAAAACCUGGAAAAGAUGGUGCCCCUGGCUUCCCUGGCACUGAGGGAGCCAAAGGCAACAGGGGCUUUCCUGGGUUGAGGGGUGAAGACGGCUUUAAGGGAUGGAAAGGAGACAUUGGACCCCCAGGAUUUCCUGGUCCAACAGAAUAUUAUGAUGCAUACCUGAAAAAGGGAGAUAAAGGAAUGCCAGGCCCACCUGGGCCCAAAGGAGCUCGUGGCCCACAGGGUCCAAGUGGUCCCCCUGGAGUUCCUGGAAGUCCUGGACUGUCAAGGCCUGGGCUCAGAGGACCCACGGGAUGGCCAGGCUUGAAAGGGAGCAAAGGGGAGAGAGGACCGCCUGGAAAAGACACUAUGGGCCCUCCUGGACCACUGGGAUGUCCUGGCUCACCAGGUCCACCAGGCCCACCAGGACCUCCAGGACUUCCAGGUGACAUUGUUUUUCAGCCAGGUCCACCUGGUGACCGUGGAGCGCCAGGCAAUACAGGACCCCCAGGAGUUCCAGGAGAUGAUGGACCCAAAGGAGAAGCAGGCAGUCCAUGCACCGAGUGCCACUGCUUCCCAGGGCCCCCUGGAGUCCCAGGAUCUCCAGGAUUAGAUGGUGUCAAAGGAAUCCCAGGAGGACGAGGCGCGCCUGGUAUGAAGGGAAAUCCAGGGUCCCCAGGAAGUGCAGGUCUCCCAGGAUUUGCAGGAUUCCCAGGUGACCAAGGGCAUCCAGGACUUAAAGGGGACAAAGGGGACACACCUCUACCCAUGGGGCAAGUGGGUGAUCCAGGUGAUCCUGGAAUCAGAGGCCUACCUGGGAGAAAAGGCCUCAAUGGAAUUCCUGGAGGUCCAGGAGCGAAAGGACCACCAGGACCUAGGGGUGAACCGGCCCUGAGUGGAAGGAAAGGGGACCAGGGACUUCCAGGAGCUCCUGGAUCCCCUGGAUCCCCGGGACCUGCAGGACCAGCUGGACCACCAGGCUAUGGACCUCAAGGAGAGCCAGGUCCAAAGGGAGCCCAAGGAGUCCCUGGAGCCCUGGGACCACCCGGAGAAGCCGGUCUUAAAGGAGAACCCAGUACAUCAACUCCAGUUCUAGGUCCCCCAGGCCCUCCAGGGCCCCCUGGUCAGGCUGGCCCCAGAGGUCUACCUGGUUUGCCUGGACCUGUGGGAAAAUGUGUUCCUGGUCUUCCUGGACCUGAUGGUGAACCAGGAAUUCCGGAAGUUGGAUUCCCAGGGCCUCCAGGACCUAAGGGAGAUCAAUGUUUCCCAGGAAUGAAAGGAUCACCUGGUUGCCCUGGAGAAAUGGGAAAGCCUGGCCUUCCUGGAAGGCCAGGUGUCCCAGGAGCCAAGGGAGAACCAUCAGUAGGCAGGCCUGGGGAACCAGGAAAACCAGGCUUUCCAGGAGAAAGAGGCAGUUCCGGGGAAAAUGGAGAUAUUGGACUCCCUGGGCCCCCAGGCCUCCCUGGAACUCCAGGAAGAGAUGGGCCUGAUGGUCCUCCAGGAGACCCAGGACUGUCUGGACCACCUGGAGCAAAAGGACUCCCAGGGAGGUGCAUGCCAGGACCCAGGGGCACCCAAGGACUUCCAGGCUUAAAUGGAUUAAAAGGGCAACCAGGUAGAAGAGGUGAUACUGGGCCAAAGGGAGACCCUGGUAUCCCAGGCAUGGACAGGUCUGGAGUCCCUGGAGAGCCUGGACCACCAGGAGCACCAGGUCAUCCGGGUGAGAUGGGGCCACCUGGCCAAAAAGGACAUCGAGGACCUCGAGGAUUCCAGUCAUUACCAGGUGAGAAAGGAGAGGUUGGAAUGAUGGGCUAUCCUGGAACUACUGGCCCUCCCGGGCUUCCUGGGAAACCAGGCUCACAAGGGCAGAAAGGUAGCCUCGGAAUCCCAGGAAUAAAAGGAGAAAGAGGACGCCCGGGAGCCAAAGGCGAACGAGGGGAGAAGGGAGAGCCUGGGCCUUCCCAAGCACCACAUUUAAAGGGGGACAAAGGAGAGCCUGGACUUAAAGGAUUUGUAGGAAAUCCAGGUGAAAAAGGAAACAGAGGCAAUCCAGGGUUACCAGGUCCAAAAGGCCUUGAGGGAUUGCCUGGGCUACCAGGCCCUACAGGCCCUAGAGGAGAUCCGGGGAGCAGUGGAAAUCCUGGAAGACCAGGACCACCAGGCAUGCCAGGAAGCAUGGGGAACAUGGGGGUACCAGGCCCUAAAGGGAGAAAAGGAACUUCGGGAAUUCCAGGUCCAGCUGGAAGACCAGGCCUUCCUGGAAUCCAUGGUCCCCAAGGAGAUAAGGGGGAGCCAGGUUAUUCAGAAGGUGCAAGGCCAGGACCACCAGGACCUAAGGGCGAUCCAGGAUUGCCAGGUGACAAAGGAAAGAAAGGAGAAAGAGGCCUACCUGGGCCACCUGGACAGUCGGGGCCUGCUGGACCUGAUGGAGCCCCUGGGAGUCCUGGGAGUCCUGGCCACCCAGGUAAACCAGGUCCUGCUGGUGAUUUGGGUCUUAAAGGACACAAAGGCUUCCCAGGCCCUCCAGGAAGCACUGGCCCUUCAGGCCCUCCAGGACUUCCAGGGCUUCCUGGGCCAAUGGGUAUGAGAGGUGACCAAGGACGUGAUGGAAUUCCUGGUCCUCCAGGACAAAAGGGAGAAACAGGCUUGCUGGGGGGCUAUCCAGGCCCAAAAGGGAGCCCUGGUGUACCAGGUGUCAAAGGAGACAGGGGAGUUCCAGGCUUUUCUGGCCUUCCUGGCAGGAAGGGAGACAUGGGGAAUGUUGGACCUCAAGGACCCCCAGGCGCCACUGGACUCCCAGGACCACCAGGUCUACCUGGGGCAAUUGUCCCUGGCCAGAAAGGAAACAGAGGUCUCCCAGGCUUAAGAGGAAAUCCAGGUGAGCCAGGUCCCCCUGGACCUCCAGGACCUAUUGGAAAAGGCAUAAAAGGUGACAAAGGAUUUAUGGGCCUACCUGGCCCCAAAGGUCUGCCUGGGACUGUAGGGGACAUGGGCCCACCAGGUCACCCGGGAGCACCAGGUACCCCCGGUCUUCCCGGGGUCAGAGGUGAUCCAGGAUUCCCCGGAUUUCCAGGCAUAAAAGGUGAGAAGGGUAAUCCUGGAUUUCUUGGGCCAACUGGACAUCCAGGACCAGUUGGGCCAAAAGGACCACCAGGUCCACGUGGAAAACCUGGCACACUUAAGGUCAUCUCCCUUCCGGGAAGCCCAGGGCCACCUGGUGCAGCUGGACAGCCAGGAAUGAAAGGAGACCCUGGACCCCUGGGACCACCAGGAAUUCCAGGACCCUGUGGGCCAAGAGGUAAACCAGGCAAGGAUGGGGAACCAGGAACUCCAGGACCAGCUGGUGAAAAGGGCAACAAGGGCUCAAAAGGACAGCAAGGUCCACCUGGUCUGGAUGGAUUGCCAGGUUUAAAGGGAAAGCCUGGAGACAGGGGAACACCUGCCACUGGGACAAGACUUCGAGGCUUCAUCUUCACCCGACACAGUCAAACCACGGCCAAUCCUUCAUGUCCUGAAGGAACACAGCCACUCUACAGUGGGUUUUCUCUUCUUUUUGUACAAGGAAAUGAACGCGCACAUGGACAAGACCUUGGUACUCUGGGCAGCUGCCUGCAGCGAUUCACCACAAUGCCAUUCUUAUUCUGUAACAUCAACAAUGUAUGUAACUUUGCAUCACGGAAUGAUUAUUCAUACUGGCUGUCAACACCAGCUCUGAUGCCAAUGGACAUGGCUCCAAUUACUGGCAGAGCUCUCGAACCCUAUAUUAGCAGAUGCACCGUCUGUGAAGGUCCCGCAAUGGCCAUAGCUAUUCACAGUCAAACUACUGCUAUCCCUCCAUGUCCCCAGGGCUGGGUUUCUCUCUGGAAAGGUUUUUCCUUUGUUAUGUUCACAAGUGCAGGCUCUGAGGGUGCUGGACAGGCACUCGCCUCACCUGGCUCCUGCCUGGAGGAAUUCCGAGCCAGUCCGUUUAUAGAAUGCCAUGGACGAGGAACAUGUAACUACUACUCGAACUCCUACAGUUUCUGGCUGGCUUCCCUAAAUCCAGAAAGAAUGUUCAGAAAACCUAUUCCAUCAACUGUGAAAGCUGGAGACUUAGAGAAAAUCAUAAGCCGCUGUCAGGUGUGCAUGAAGAAAAGACAUUGACGAAGUCAAAGAAACUAGAACCGCUUUUUCUUCCUCCUUAAGUAACAAAGUCAUGAGUUAGAACGUGCAUCUACUUAGGUCUUUCUCUCUAACCUUAAAGAUGUGGUAGUGCAAAGUUUUGCCACAUGACAAAGCAUUUCACUCAAGUUAGUCUGUGAUGUGGGUCUCUAAACCUGUAGGUUUCAAAGUCCCCUGUGAAAAGGCAACAGCUUUCCACAGAAUAUCACUGAAACGACAUUCCAGUUGUACCAAAUCACUGACUAAAUGAUGAUUGUGUGGAACUUGAACUACAAGCUAAGGGAGGUCUGGUCCUGUGGAUCCACAAAGUGUUUCUUGUCUCCCACUCCUGAUCGAGCAAGUGUGCUUCCUUCCACCUCCUCCCUGAGACCUGAGACUUCAGCUAGAGGAGAUGGGGGCAUAGAGAAAUCAAGCACACCAUGAAAAGAGCUGGUGGGUGGUAUAAGGGCCAAGAACACAGGCUAAAUGAGCCUCAUGAUGUUCCAGGACUCAUUUAAAUAUGGCCAAAGCUAGGACCAAAGGAAACUUUCUGAAGGGAAUCAUAACAGGCUUGGAAACAGUAUAGUUUUGUUUUUUGUUUUGUUGA